GUCAUACAUAGUACUAACUGUAGGGAUGUUGCAGUUAGUCUAACUGCAAUCUCUGCCCUUCCUCACAGACUGAUCCCUCUGUAUUUAGAGACUUGGCUGCUCGGGAUUGUACUUUGUGUGUUCAUCUUGUUGGGUUCUUCUUACCUUUUGAUAUAUCUCUGUGUUUGAUACACGCUGCUGAGAAAACAAAGUGAAGUGAUUAGAGAGUAUGUUGCGGAACAUGAUGAUGCCGUGGAACAGAAGCAAUCACAAUGAAGUUGGAUUGUUGAUAAGGCAUUUCGCAACGAAACCUAAACCCAAGAUGAAACCAAUCGAGCUGAACACACCGCCAGAGCAAACCCAGACGAUCACCCGAGUGAUCUUUGAUAUUUUGAAGGAUCAUGGACCUCUCACCAUUGCUGAAACUUGGGAUCGUGUCAAGGAGGUGGGAUUGAGAGGGCUAACGAGCAAGCGUCACAUGAAGAUAAUACUAAGGUGGAUGAGAGAGAGACAGAAGCUGAAGCUGAUAUGUAACCAUGUUGGUCCUCACAAGCAAUUCUUGUACACUACUUGGUUCACUAAACACAACCCUUCUAAAUUCCCUAAGCCGCCGGAAACACUCACAGGAAAAUCCUCUGGCCACCCUAAACUUCCCUGAGCCAACACUGUUAAUUUGCAAGGCUUUGUUUCUUGAAUCUUCGUUUUUACUGUAAAAAGUCUGUUUUGACAAGUUUCUCUCAAUGUUUCUGCUUCUAAACACUUUUCAAGGUACACCAUGUAUACAAAAAUGCUUUUCAAGUUUCUUAAUCUUUUCUAAAAAGAUGUAGGAAUGAGGA